AUGAACUCCCUUAAUAUUAUCACUCGCGUAUCCCCAUCCUCCAGUCCCGCCUCUUCCCGCUCCAAUAGCCUGAGCCAUAUGGGCAUCGGCCUUGCAGGAGACAGCGAAAAGCAAACAGAGCAAUCCCAAGAUCACAUGUCAUCUUCAAACAUGGAUUUAUACCAACAGCAGACGACGACGGAAACCGCCUACGAGCAACCAGAUGAUGUAACUGAAGAUACCCCUUUGCUGAGCGAAAAGAAAGUUAAUAAACGGUCCCGAUGGUGGCGCACGAUACCUCGAGACUUUGCUUCUAGCAUUCUCAAUUCUAUUCGUUGGGUUUUUGCCACCUUGGCCUCCCCUGGAGUAUACCUGAUAGCCUGCUUCUGUGAUGCGAACGGGAAUUUCUCGCCAUGGGCAUCGAUCAAGGCCAUGUUCGGUGUUCGCAAGGAGAACUCUUUGACGUCUGAAAAGCAUGGUGAUGCUGGAGGAAACCAUGGUGGUCUGGAUCCAUCACAUGCGCAACGGCGAUCUGGACGGCAUCAAUCUGGAUCAUCAGUAUCUUCAUCUGCAGUAACAUCGGAAUCGGAAGGCGAGGAUACGAAGGACAAUAGACGGCACACCCGCUCCAAGUCUCUCGAUCCCACAGAUGAAAUAAACCCAGCUCGCAAGUCAAUCCGCAUCAAACUCAACAACGAUGAACUAGAGAAACGGAGACACCGGAAAACUCAAUCUGCCGUUUUGCGAACAAAAUCAAGCGAGGUCGGAGGCGACGAGCUCUCUGCUCAACUGAAAUCCCCCACCUCCCCCGUCGCCGCCCUCACCAAGUAUCCUCGUACUCCAGCUCCGCCUCGUCCUUUGAUUCCUCGACGACAACCCUCGUAUCUGAAUAUGGAACCGCCCAGGAAGCCUCAGAAAACGCUUAUUUUGGAUCUCGACGAGACCUUGAUUCACAGCAUGUCGAAAGGAGGACGGAUGAGCACCGGUCAUAUGGUCGAAGUCCGUCUCAAUGCAGCUUCAUUGGGAAUGAACAGCGGCCAAGGAAACGUUGGCCAGCACCCGAUUCUGUACUGGGUCAACAAGCGCCCUUAUUGUGAUGAGUUCCUGCGACGAGUUUGCAAGUGGUUCAACCUGGUCAUCUUCACGGCUUCAGUCCAAGAGUACGCAGAUCCAGUUAUCGACUGGCUGGAGCAGGAGCGAAAGUUCUUCUCUGCCAGGUACUAUCGUCAACAUUGCACAUUCCGUCAAGGCGCAUACAUCAAGGAUCUCAGCUCUGUGGAGCCCGAUCUGAGUAACGUCAUGAUCCUGGACAAUAGUCCGCUCAGCUACUUAUUCCAUGAAGAUAAUGCAAUUCCUAUACAAGGGUGGAUCAAUGACCCGACAGAUUACGAUCUAAUGCAUCUUGUUCCAUUACUGGAGGGCCUUCAGUAUGUCCAUGAUGUGAGAGCGUUGCUCGCGCUGCGCGGGGGCGAGGGUCAAAGCACUGCAUAG